GGGGGACUAUGGGGCCAAUGAGGGCUAAUGGUGAUAAAUGGGGGGUACAACUGGAGGGGGUCAAUGAUGGAGAAGGAUCUGAAGAGGACAAUGGUGUCAAUGGUGGAGAAGGAUCUGUGGGGUCAAUGGGAAGGAUCUGGGGGACAAUGGUGGAGAAGGAUCUGUGGGGGGUCAAUGGUGGAGAAGGAUCUGGGGGACAAUGGUGGAUCUGGGGACAAGAAGGAUCUGGGGGACAAUGGUGGAGAAGGAUCUGGGAGGGUCAAUGGUGGAGAAGGAUCUGGGGGGCAAUUGUGCAGAAGGGUCUGGAGGGGUAGGGGUCAGUGGUAAAGAAUCUGGGGUGGUCAAUGAAGGAAAAGAAUCUGGGG